AUUGUGUUUAACACAUGUACAUAUAACACUUUAAGGUUAUUCAAAAAUAAAAUAUCCAAUACAUUCAUGAAAACUGUCCUACACACAAGAAUCAGAAAAAAAAAGCUUUUGAUCUCAUCUCAUCGCGGACAUUAGAAAAUGGACCAACCGCCAUCAUAUGACUCCUUAUUUGGUAAAAUAGCUCAGGCAAAGGUAACGUCUGAUGGAAAUGUUGAUUUCGCCCGAAAAUCAAUAGGAAUUGUGUGUAACUCCGUGAUUGCCACAGUAUUAUUAGUUGUGUCCUUAGCAGUGCCAGUAGCAGCCAUAGUAAUAGGAGGACUUUACCUAAAUGACUGUCCAAAACAGAAAUAUAUUCCUAUAUACCUCAUCGUAUUUGGAGCUUUUUCCAUUGUGAAAGCUGUGUCGAGUUUGGUAGACAAUUUUAGAGCAAGGAAAAAUGAAGGAGAGCAGGAAGAAAGCAAACCUAAAAGUGCAUGUGAUGGUAUCAUUGGUUGUUUUCUGUUUGCAUGGUUUAUAGCAGGAAAUGUCUGGGUUUAUUCGACGUAUAAAAAGUUCUCUACAGAUGAAUUGAGUGAAGAAUACUGUCAACCAACAUUAUUUUAUUUCUCCUUUUGGUUAAUUACUGGUACAUACAUAAUUAUGGGACUCUUUUUUCUCCUCUGCUGUGGAUGUUGUAUAUCAAUGUUAUGCUGUAGUGCUAAAAUGUCAUCAUAUGGAUCACCUACUAGUAAAUAUGGUGUAUGAGGAACGUUAUAUGAUAAUAUGUGGACAUUCCUAUAGAUUAGUGACACUACAUUUAUCACGUUUAUGGCUUUAGAAUUACACGAGAGAUAUUAUUCACAAAGAAGUAGAGGUCAAAAUCAGUAUUUCAGCACCAUUAAGAGAGGAUGGAAUCCAAUCUAACAGUAGACAUAUAAAUAAGUAGAAAAUGAUAGACAUAGAAAUCUUCUUAUAAGUGAAUUCAAAUAUUUCAAUUUUACUUUCCUGUCUUUUCCACAAGCAAAUCAGGGAUAUAACACUACAAUUGUUCUCUCCUACAGGUGACACCAGCGUUAUGCAUGUAAGAAUUUUUUAUA